CAAAAGCAACAUAUAAUGACGAACAGCUUCAUGUAUUUCAUUAUAUGUGUGAAUUUACACAAAGUGAAGAUCAUGAACUCCAGACUCUCAGCGCUGAUCCUGCUGCUGCUCAUUCCAGGCUUUGUAACACUGGACCAGCUCUCUGUGACCUGUAGUGAAGAGAGUAUUUGUGCUGUGAAGGGGACAGAAGUGACACUGAUGUGCUCUUACUCCAACAUCAACAUCAAAACUGUGUUCUGGUUCAGUGAGAAACAAAGUACAAACUGGAGAAAAAACAAUGAACCUGAAGAUUUGACUUUAGACUCAGACUACUCAGGACGAGUGAAACAUCAGAUCUCAAGCAGCUCUUCAACACUCACAAUAUCAGACGUGAGAGAGAGAGACUCUGGAGAAUAUCAGCUCAUGUUCAUCAUGAAUGAUGGAGUUAAACAUCUCAGAUCAGCAGCCAUCAGUCUAACAGUUACAGGUCUUUCUCAGAGUGGCUGCUGGGAUGUGACUUACAGCUCUAGAAGAGUCUGCGCUUUGGUGGGCUCAACAGUAGACAUUUCCUGCACAUACUCACAUCCCUCUGGUCAUACUGUAAAUAAAACAUUCUGGCAUUAUGGUCCUUCUUGGGACUUCAAGGAUCUGCGCAUCAGUUUGCUGGUCGUGUGGAAAUCUGCUGAUCCACAUCUGUUCAUCUGCUGUCUGUCCAUCAGAGCUGCUGGAGUGAUGUCAUUGUGUUCUUCCAUUGUUACAUCAUCACCUAGCAACAGUCAGAACUGUCAGCAUCACAUCAUCAGUGUGAUACACCUAAAGACCAUACGUGACUUCAUUUUCAGGAGUUUUUCUUUAGACAAAAGGAAGGAAAUAAGACGUGUGGUGUCAACGUGUCUCCUAAAACAGGCAGUAGAACUUGAAACACAGCAGCAUAUAAUGAAGAGCAGCUCUGUGUCUUUCAUUGUUUGUGUGAAUUUACACAAAGUGAAGAUCAUGAACUCCAGACUCUCAGCGCUGAUCCUGCUGCUGCUCAUUCCAGGCUUUGUAACACUGGACCAGCUCUCUGUGACCUGUAGUCAAGAGAGUAUUUGUGCUGUGAAGGGGACAGAAGUGACACUGACGUGCUCUUACUCCAACAUCAACAUCACAACUGUGUUCUGGUUCAGUGAGAAACAAAGUACAAACUGGAGAAAAAACAAUGAACCUGAAGAUUUGACUUUAGACUCAGACUACUCAGGACGAGUGAAACAUCAGAUCUCAAACAGAUAUUCAACACUCACAAUAUCAGACGUGAGAGAGAGAGACUCUGGAGAAUAUCAGCUCAUGUUCAUCAUGAAUGAUGGAGUUAAACAUCUCAGAUCAGCAGCCGUCAGUCUAACAGUCACAGACCUGCAUCUGAGGAUGAAUCCUGUAUCUACAAACCUGACAGAUGAGAGAGUAGAACUGACCUGUGAUACUUCCUGCACUUUGACCUCUGGAGUUUGGUAUUACUGGAUGAAGGAUGGAUGGCAUUUCAGACAGACACAGUCCCCCAACAUAUCUGUAUCACACAGUAGAGAUGCUGGCAGCUUUUCCCUUUCUCUUUCUUCGGACCGUAAACAUACUUCCUCUUCUAUGUGUGUUUCUCAGAGUGUCUGCUGGGAUGUGACUUACACCUCUACAAGAGUCUGUGCUUUGGUGAACUCAACAGUAGACAUUUCCUGCACAUACUCACAUCCCUCUGGUCAUACUGUAAAUAAAACAUUCUGGCAUUACGGUCCAUCUGGGGUCUUCAAGGAUCUGCGUGAGGAGCAUCAGUUUGCUGGUCGUGUGGAGUAUGUGGGGAACAAACUGAGAAUCAAAGAUCUCAAGAUCAGCGACUCUGGAGAAUAUCGAUUCAGGAUCAUCACUGACUUAAACCAAUACUCUGGAUCACCUGGAGUCAUUCUUACUGUUACAGGUACACAGAUAAAAAGCAGCACAUCUGUUGUAACAGAUGAAGAGGAAGUGAUAUUAAGCUGUUCAACUAAAUGCACUCUGAACGACAAACAUACUUACAUCUGGUACAAGAACGGACGACAGGUAACAGAUGGAUUCACUAAAGUCAACAAGCUGUACCUGGACUCAGUCAGCAAUGAAGAGCUUCAACAGUAUUCCUGUGCUGUAGGAGACCCAACAAGUCCAGAGUCCAGCACAGCUUUACUGAUCACUGUAAUCAUACUGUCUGUGCUGCUGAUUCUUACACUCAUAGGAGUCCUGUGGUACAGGAGGAGAAAGAAUAAUUCAUCUCAACAGCAUGAAGACACAAUGGAGAGUGAACAGUUGGGUUCAGAUAUGCUGUAUGAAAAUGCUGCAGCCUUGUCUACGGUCUGCACACAGCAAGUUCACACAAAUGAUCAGGAUGUUCAUUAUUCAGCUGUUAAUUUCAAGCAGUCUCACACAAACAACACAUUAGCAGCUCCUACUGUUGUACAAUCAACCACAGAUGAUGUUCAUUAUGCUGCUGUGAAGUUCAGAUGAACCAACCUAACACUGGCAACUGUUACUGUCUGCUAUAUUG